AUGGAAGAACAAGCAGAACAAAAUAUUAUGACAAUGGAUUUGGAAUGCCGCAGAAUGUUAAACUUCAAUGCACCCCUUCUAUCAACAAGGCGUCUUGCUAAUUCAGUUGUUGCAGGUACAUCACUUAGUAUGUUACAAAGCACAAGUAUUCCAUUUUCAUGGGAGCAAGCCCCAGGCAAGCCGAAAAACCAAGAGAGGAGCAAUAACAUCCACGACCGAGAUGUAGAAACGCCUCGGCUCCAAUUACCACCUUGCCUUCAGCAUCUUCCAAGAGCAGCAGCUGAAGCUGACUUAGGUAAUGCUGUUCUUUCAUUUGAUCAAGAUGAUGGUUGUGAUGGUGAUGAUGACGACGAUGAUGACAAUGAGAACAAGAAGAAUAGUGAAGUUUAUUCAGAUGCUAUGGAACUUUUUUCUUUAUCAGAGGCAUUAGACAUUGUUGUCCAACAAUCAGAGACAAAUCACAGUAGCAGCAAUGAUGUGUUGAGAUUAAAGCUUUCAGAAUCUAAUGUUGAUCAAUGUUCAAGCUAUAUGAUUAAUCGCUUUCUCCCUGAUGCCACUGCAUUGGCAGCAUCAUCUUCUGCACAUUUUCCAAACAAUGGUUACAACAAGAAAGGUUGUGAUACUUGCAGUAAUUCAAGGCACUCAUAUGCUUCUUCUCCAAAGGGUUGUGGCCUUCAACUUCUGUUCCCUUGGCGUAUGAAGCACAAGCUUUGUGCUAUAAAGAGCCCUGUGAUGACAUGCUCCACAAAAGUGCAGAAGCAUCAGCAGAGUUUGAAAAACAAGAAGCAUUGUUCAUCAGUUCACAAGACUAGUAAAAGUAUCAAAGGAGAUAUUUGA